AGGCUUGAGCAAAUGCGUGCCGAGCUGACGGAGACGCAAGCCAACACCACCGAGUUGGGGGAGCAGACCCGAAAGGCUCAUUUGAGCCACAGCAGGCAGAUCAAGGCUGUCAAGGAUGGUGGCAGCGCUCUGCGGGACGCGCUAUCAGAGGUGGGUCAGGGGAAGGAGGAUCUGCAGGCGGAUCUGGAGCGCUUGCGGGAGAUCGUGGCAGAUGCCGGGCAAGCGCACGCGGAGCGGCUUCGGCACGCCGAGGAGGCGCAGCAGACGAACCAGGCCUUGGAAGAGGAGGUGCAGAUGGCGCGGGACUCCCUGAAGUUGGCGGAGGUGGCGCAUGAGGAGGCCGCCGGCAACAGGGCAGAAGCCGUCAAGGCGGGGCUCAGCAAUGCAAAGGAACGGCUCAGCCAGGCGCAGGAGGCGGCGCGGAGCGCUUCCCAAAGCACAACCGAGGCAGCCCAGCAGCUGGAGGCGCUGCAGGGUGAAAAGAAGCGCCUCCUAGGUGAGACUGGUCCUGCAGCCGCUUCCCGCCGUGCACAAGCAGCUGAGGCGCUGAGGAAGGAGCUGGGGCAGCUCCAGGUCGAGGUGCAGUCCAUGGAGGAACAAUGCUCAGCGACGAGGGAGCGGAUGGAGUGGCACAGGCACCUCCGGGAAGCACAGCAGUUUGCGCGGACCGCCGCCAAGGAGGCAGCUGCCUGCAUUCGAGGCGUUUACUCCGACAUGGCAAAGCCUGGGCCUUUGCAGGCGGCUCCAGGUCGCGCGGCGCGCAGGUUGAGCAAGCACCUGGAGGACUUCGCCCGUUUUUUGGCCGAGGCAGUUGCCCUGGCUGAAGAGAAAGAUGCAAAGCAGAAGGCCAGCGUGAAUCUCAACUUGCCCUCGGCUCUAAAGGAGGCCUACGUGGGCAAGCUCAUCAAUGAAGAUGGACAUGGUCCUGGCCAGCUGGACUCCGCCAGAGACAAGCUGAAGGCCUUGCGGAGCGAGCUGCAAGAGGCGGACGCCAACCACCGCAGCGAGCGCACGCGCCUUGCAACUAGCUGUGAGCAGAUGCAGCAGCGGAUUGCUGAAGGCGAAGGGGAGGCUGAAGUGGAGCUCAGGAAGAGCCAGGAGGCGCAGCAGAAGCUUUCCGAGGGUAUCACGGAGGCUGGCUGCGAGCGCAACAAGGCUCAGAUGCAGGCGGUCGCCAGAGUGCAAAGGGAACUCGCGGCCCACGAACAGGACAUGGCACUCCUAAGGCAGGAGCGCGACCGCCUGAAGGCGCAGCUGGCCACCGCAGAGGAACCUGCGGGCGAUGUCCAGAAGCGGGGAGAGGGCAAUGUCUCUGCCAGGCUCCAGCAGAGGGAGCUCGAGCUGCAGGACCUGCGGCGCAGGCUGAAGGCCGGCAGAGAACGAUAUGUUGCUCUGGUCCAAGAUGCCGGGGGCAAAGACGCAGUGGAGGAGCUUGGCCUUCCUAUGCCUCGGUCCACUUCACCCCGGCCCCUUACCAGGCCCAGCGCACAACUGACCCCGCCGCCGAUGAGGAGCACAGGCGAGACGUCACCAGCAGUGGCAGGCCGCGAUUCAUCAGCACAAGAAGCUGCUGCAGACAAAUCUGAUGUCGACGUCAAGCCCGAGAAGUUGGACACGAAGGGCGAUGCCAGAAGCGAAAAGAGCCUUGAAGCGGAUGGCAAGGAGCUGUCCAAAGGGGUGGAAGGCUGGCUGCCCAGUCCUGUGGAGGCGACGGCGGCUUGCACAAGCUUCCCACCGGAGCCAAGAGCGGAGCCAAGCGCUCCCGGUCCAACACCCACUCCAGGCUCCCAAGCCACAUCCACGCCGUGGGGCGAGAUGGAGGUUGCGCCUUUGGAGCCCUCGCCCAAGUCCUGCUCGGAGCUGGCGAGCCCCUCGGUGCUGCCGAAGGCGCUGGCAGAGCAGCGGCAGCGCGACGCCGAGGCCUUCUCCCCAAGCCAAGAAGAGCCGCUGCUGAGAUUGGAACCAGCGCCAGUGCUGGCUUCGGAGACUCGGGAGCCGGCAAGUGUUCCUGGCCCGGCGUUGGCCAUCUCCUGGGCUGAAAUUGAGGCUGCCGCGCUGGAACCGACGCCCAAGUGCUCUGAUGUAGCAAGCCCAUCUGCACGAUCCUCGCCGCUGGAAGAGCCAGUCGCACAAGCAGAGCCCGUUGCAGUUGUCGCCUGCCAAGCCCCAGCGCGCGAUGAUGCUCCAAGGCAGCAAGAAGUGAGAUCGGGUCAGCCAGUGCCGUACUGGGAGCCCAUGUCGAGGACGAGGUCACCUUCGCCCUAUGGUGCCGGUGGGUCGCCAGUGGUCCACGUGCCAGUGCUGGUGCCGGUUCUGCAGCAGGUGCCGGUGACGCAGCAGGGCACGCCCGUCGUGCCGGGCACGCCGGUCAUUCAGCAAACCACGCCGGUGCAGGUUCAGGUGCCCUUGGUCCGGCAUUCGGAUGGUCGGAUGCGGUCUCCUGGGGGCUCACCCUUGCCUAUGUACCGCAUGAGCCAGGUGCGGUCCAGAUCGCCCAGUCCCGAGGUCCCUGCUGGCAUGCGAUGGGGCGUGAUUGGCACGGAGGCUCUCUCGCCGCUGGCGCGUACCAGGGCUCAGGAGGCUUCAAAGCCGCACCAAGAGCGUCGCUGGGUGGAUGAUCCCAUGGUGUCCCUCCGCGAGGGCUCUCACAUCAGUGCUGCCUCGCCUGUCUCGGCUGUCUCGGCUGUCUCGGCUGUCUCCGGGACUGCCACAUCCGCAGUGAGCAGCAGCCUGGAUUCUCAUUUGUCCCCUUGCAGCCGACUGCAGGCAGCGUCUCCGCAAGAGAGCAGUCCUCGGGUGCCGCAAGAGAGGAGCCCUCGCCUGCCCAAACGCAGGCCCAGCGCUGCUAACCCAGCGGCCUCACAGCCUCGGAAGAGCGAGGUGGAGUUUGGCAGCUCGGAGUGGGCCACGCGGGCGCUGGAGGGGGAGCAGAUGCUGCUGCCGGAGCCGCAGCUGCCGCCCCUUGAGGUUGAAGACAGAUCCUGCGGGAGUACAUCACGCGGAAACUGCGCAGCAAGUUCAUCGAAAGAUGCAGAACCAGCGGGAAAGAAUGCAGAGGACACUGGACAGCCCCUCAGCGAAGUCGGUUGGUGAGGAGUUUUACCGAAGCAUUGUGAAGCUGUAAGCUGGCAACCGCCACCUGUGCGAUUCCCACAGCCGUGCAGGUACGUGAGUGUGUGUUUGUGUGUGCCUUUUUUCUGAGC